UCAGUUAUAUUGUCACGCCCAAAAAAAUCUUAGGCUCCGUAGCACUUCCGGGACAUACUCGUAUCUUUCAGUUUCCCUGCCACCUUCGCUACGAAAAGCCGAGAAAAAUUCCGGCUUGGUGGAAAGACUUUGUUACCAGUUGGGCCUUCGGCAAAUUGCCUGACUUGGGUCAUCUACUACGACACCGGACAGCUAAAAAUCAUGGUGAAAGAAAACGUAAUCUCGAAGACAGACGACAGGGGUACCUGGGCUAACAAGAUGGAAUUUCUUCUUUCAUGUCUCGGAUACGCUGUGGGGUUUGGGAAUGUUUGGAGAUUCCCUUUCCUGGUUUACAAAAAUGGAGGUGCUGCUUUCCUCAUCGCGUAUUUCACAAUGUUUUUGUGUGCUGGUCUUCCUAUGUUUUUCAUGGAGCUUGCUAUUGGACAAUACGUUAGUUUCGGCCCGAAUCAUGUGUUCCAGAAGAUUUCUCCAAUCUGUUCAGGUAUUGGAUGGGCAUCGGUCACCAUUUCCCUUCUAACCUGUAUCUACUAUAACCUCCUCAUGGCGUGGGCAUUCUUCUACAUAUUUGCCUCAUUCUCCUCAACAUUACCUUGGGGGCACUGUAAUAAUGACUUUAACUCAGCAGAAUGUUACGAUCAGAAUGAAGCACUGAACUGCAGAAACCUCUCUCUUUACUACUACAACAGAACUUGUUACAGUAUUGAAGAAUACUGUAAAACUGGUGGAUUACAGGGUCACAACCUCACACACUGCCUUGGAUUUAACACAAGCAUAAUACCAGUGAACAAUCUGCUGCCUAGAGUGGCUCCUAGUGAGGAAUAUUUCAAGAAUUGCGUCCUAGGACUGCCAGGUACCACCUGGGAGGACCUGGGAAACAUCAAGUGGGAGAUGGUUGGAUACCUUGCUCUGGCCUGGGUUGUGGUCGCACUUAGUAUGACAAAAGGCAUCAGAAGUUCUGGAAAAGUGGUCUAUUUUACAGCCACUUUCCCAUAUGUCAUUCUCGCCGUCCUCUUCAUACGAGGGAUAACCUUAGAAGGAUCAUACAAGGGGACUGAAUACUACAUCCUGAACACUAACUGGACCAAACUGAAAGAAUUUGAAGUGUGGAGUGAUGCAGCAUCCCAAAUCUUCUACUCCAUGGGAGUAGGUUUUGGUAGCUGGAUAACUUUGGCUUCAUACAACAAAUUCAAUAACAACUGCAUGAGGGAUGCUCUUGUUAUUGGGUGUUCCAACUGUGUCUCAUCAGUGUUUGCUGGAUUUGUAACCUUUUUCAUCCUUGGCUUUCUUGCAAAUGAAAUUGGAGUUGAAGUGAAGGAUGUUGUUACCUCUGGGUCAGGGCUUGCAUUUGUAGUAUAUCCAGCAGCAGUCAACCUGAUGCCAGUGCCUCAAUUAUGGUCUUUUUUAUUUUUCUUCAUGUUAAUCACCAUUGGACUUGAUACACAGUUCACAAUGUUGGAAACAGUUAUAACAGCAAUGUGUGACCAAAUCAAGACUCUAAGGAAAAGAAAGCCACUCGUAGUAUACAUUACUUGCUUUGCUGCGUUUCUCACGGGGCUCACAAUGUGCUUGGAAGGCGGAGCAUACAUGUUUGAGCUUCUCAACUUUCAUGUAGCUGGGUUAUCCCUGAUCAUCGUAACCAUCUCCCAAUUCAUAGCCAUCCAAUAUGUUUAUGGAUUCAAAAGCUUCAUGAAGAACAUCGGAGAGAUGAACAUCCAAAUGCCAACUAUCCUUCGCUGCUACUGGACUGCAACAUGGCUCUUCUUAACACCUGUAUCUCUCGGGGCCAUCUUUGUCUUCUCCAUCUACUUCACGUUACCUGUGCACUGGGAUAACUAUGUCUUCCCAGACAACAUCCAAACAUUAGGAUGGAUCAUUUGUGCUACAUCCAUCAGCUGCAUCCCUUUAGGGGCUAUCUACACCAUCUACCGGAAGGACCUACCCUUGAAAAGCCUUAUACAACCAACUCCCGAUUUCUGCCCAGCACAUGAAAGGAAUACGAAGGAGUUUGAAAGCAAACAGGAUGCUUUUCCACAUGUUUAUACAAAUGAUGGAGGAUGCUGGGAGGUCAAAGAUGAGGAUGAGGUGAAUUAGAAGUUUCUUUUUAUAUUUUCCUAAGGUAAGUUAUUUAUAAAACAAACAUGUAUAUUAUAUCCCUAAUUAAACAGUUUAUUUGCUGGAGCAGUUGAAUUUAGAUUUUGGUUGUAAUGAUGAGGCUUUGUCAAGAGAAACACUUUGCUAGAGUGGAUGAUUAUAUUUGGCAAUUACACAAAGAUUCUCUAAUAUUUCUGAAGUACAUAGUGUAUUUAUUCAAGUGUUUUCUUCAUCAAAAGGGAGUGUUUACUUGGAUAUGUUCAUUAACAAAGGAUAUACAAAGUGGCUUUGAUGACUUGUAUAAGAUCUUCACCAAGCAUAUGCUUGGAUAGAUUCUUUGCCAGAAGAUAUGUAUAUAAUUGUUAAUUAAAUUAAUCAAUUAAUCAUAUGAAUAAGUAUAAUGUUUUUCGUUACUUGGACGAGAUAUUUGCUGCAAUAUACUAGAGGUAACUGUUAAAAAAAACGUACAUAGGCUUGUAAGGACCAUGUCCUUUCACUAUUUUUAUUCCACUAUAAUAACAUGCUAAAUUCUAAUAUACAUCAUCAUAUGUAGAUUUCUCUGUCCUUUCCACUGAUAUAAAUACCAUGUAUAAACACAGACUCCGUCUGUAGCUAUUUAUGUAUAUAUGUCUGCAAGAAAACACAACUUGGCUGGCCCAGACCCAGUUUUCUCUCGCUUCAGAUUGGAUACUACCUAUCGGUCCGCAGCCUACUUUAUAACCUGUGUUUACCUGUGAUAAACAUCAGUACCCAGUUAUCUGUCUUCCUCUAUUGUCCUCACAACUGGUGACCUCCCGGAUUGGACGGUGACACAGCAGUUUUGGCUUAGCCAUUAAUGGAAUUAUUACUGCCACUCACCUUCAGAGACCUUUAGUGGACUUAAUACGGCGCCACAGUCUAGGUCUCUGAAAGUUCCUCUCCGAGGUCGACUCAACACCAUUAACAGUGCUCAUUUCAAGUUUUGGUGUAUGAGACAGGUUGUUGGGUGGUGGUCAGCCACCACACAGAAUCAGGCAGCGGUCCGGAUACAUCCACAUCGACGUCGUGGGUUUCCUGCCAGACCCUAGGGCCUGCUCUUCCCACCCGACAUCGCUGACAAACUUGUGAGCCUGCUUGGCCUGCCCGACGCCACUGCCUGUGGGCCUCCUCGACCCCACCCCCAACACUGCUGUUGCUCCUGGGGACUCACUCGGCUUGCCCGACAUCACUGCCGCACUUGUGGACCUACUCACCCUCCCGACGCCACUGCCUGUAGUCCUCCUCAGCCUGUCGACGCUGCUGCCGCACCUGUGGUCCAGCUCUGCUUCCCCACACUGCUACUUGUGGGUCUCCUCGGCCUGCUGACGCCACUGCCGCACCUGCGGCCCCAACGCCGCUGCUGCACCUGGGGACUUCGUCGGCCAAACUGAUGCCGCCAUACCUGGGGGGCCCCCUUGGUCUGUCCAAUGCUACCACUACAUACAAUGCAGCUCCCUCCUCGGGUUUGGUCGCCCACAGUCAACAGUCGAAACCCCUAGGCAACCGCCAGGGGAGGCAUCCUGUCAGCCAGCAAUGCUGAAGGACUCGGCAAUCAAUGACGCCCCACAGCAAGUAAUCACAGGGAAUGGGGCCACCUCCAGCCUCCAAGAUUUUUAUCAUCCAAUCAUUAUUCCACCAUAAUUGUCUUGGGGGGAGUAUUUGUAUGGACUAUGUCCUUUUGCUAUAUUUAUUCCACUAUAACAACAUGCUAAAUUCCAAUGUACAUCAUCUUGUGUAGAAUUCUCUAGCCUUUCCGCCAAUAUAAUUACCAUGUAUGAACACAGACUGUGUCUGUAGUUAUUUAUGUAUAUAUGUUUGUAAGAAAGCAAAACUCGGCUGGCCCAGACCCAGUUUUCUCUCACUUUGGGUCGGAUACUACAUAUCCAUGCGCAGCCUCCUUUAUAACCCGUGUUUACCUGUAAUAAACAUCAGU